CAGAUCAUGUUUUGAACCUUAUGCGAGACCAUGAGAGAAAUCCUGGCGGAAAAAUAAAGGCUGUAGCGGGCGAACAGAAAGUUUUGAAUGGGAUUAUGUGGAAACUACUACCCUGCUCUUCUCUGGUGCCCGAUCAGGCUCAGCGUUGUUGUCGCUGCUGCUUUCUCCCCGGCAGUGCAGCCUUGGCGGGCUGGUGGAGGUGGUGAGAAAGGGGAGGACAGCUCGGGAAGGACUUGAUCUCUCUCUCUCUCUGCAAGUGCUGGGCGUGUGUUGUGCGUGUGCGUGAGAGAGAGCUCCAACCCCAGCCUGCCAAAUGCUCCUCUUCGGGUUCUUCUUGCUGACAUCUGCCCUGGUCGGCCAAAGACAGGGAACCCAAGCCGAAUCCAACCUGAGCAGCAAGUUCCAGUUCUCCAGUGCCAAGGAGCAAAACGGAGUGCAAGAGCCACAGCAUGAGAAGAUUAUUACGGUGUCUGCUAAUGGAACUAUUCACAGCCCAAAGUUCCCAUAUACUUAUCCCCGCAACACAGUACUGGUGUGGCGAUUAGUAGCAGUUGAGGAGAAUGUGUUGAUACAGCUCACUUUUGAUGAAAGGUUUGGGCUUGAGGACCCAGAAGAUGAUAUAUGCAAGUAUGACUUUAUAGAAAUUGAAGAGCCUAGUGAUGGCACUAUUUUAGGGCGAUGGUGUGGUUCAACUUCUGUUCCAGGCAAACAGAUUUCCAAAGGAAACCAAAUCAGGAUAAGAUUUGUUUCUGAUGAAUAUUUUCCUUCUGAACCUGGCUUCUGUAUCCAUUAUACUCUUUUCACACCACGCCACACAGAAUCUGCCAGCCCAACAGUGUUACCACCCUCAUCUUUACCAUUAGAAUUGCUAAACAAUGCUGUUGCUGGAUUUAGUACUGUGGAGGAACUUAUCAGAUAUCUUGAGCCAGACAGAUGGCAAUUAGAUUUGGAAGACCUAUACAGACCAACUUGGCAGCUUCUUGGAAAAGCAUAUGUUCAUGGGAGAAAAUCUAAAGCUGUAGAUUUGAACCUUCUGAAGGAAGAAGUACGGAUGUAUAGCUGCACUCCACGCAACUACUCGGUGUCACUGCGGGAGGAGCUGAAGAGAACUGAUACUAUUUUUUGGCCACCUUGUCUGCUGGUUAAACGCUGUGGUGGAAACUGUGCCUGCUGUCAGCAUUCUUGUAGUGAGUGCCAGUGUGUCCCCACAAAAGUCACCAAAAAAUACCAUGAGAUCCUACAACUGAAGCCCAGGAGUGGUGUAAGAGGAUUGCAUAAAUCUCUAACAGAUGUACCUUUGGACCAUCAUGAGGAGUGUGAUUGUGUGUGUAAAGGGAAUACAGAAGGAUAAAAUGAACUAAAUGUGCUUCUUCCUUUUGCAGCACGUUCAAACCAUGGCUGAUUCUGUUCUGGGGCUUGUGCAUUAAUCUUCUGUAAUCUCAGUUGUUUGCUUUGAGAAUCUUCAGUCUUCAGAAUUGACAAUUCUGGGCAGGGGGGAAGAAGAAAUCAAACUGGGAUUAUGUAUGCAAUGUAACAGCACUGUUACUUGAAGGCCCCUCCAUAAGGAUGAACAGAAGGCAUUGAUGAGGGAUGUGAUUUUUUCCUCCAAGUAUUCACGACUAUAUAAUAUCAUCUCUCUCACUCACCUUGAAUUUUAAAAGAUUUAAGUUUAGGAGUAUGGCAAAAGACAAUGCUCAACCAAAGCCUGGACUCUUCUGGUGGUCUUGCUUCUGGUCUGUUACUUCUGGCUUACAGUUCAGAACAUCUGGAAUCUCUCUCUCUUAACUCAACUCAGCAACUCCUGUAUAUUCUAAAUCAAAGUGUUAAUUGUCUUACAGACUGUCUUGUUCUGAGUUAAACUUCAUUUUUCACUGAUACAAUAGGAAAAAAACUGGACACUUUCCUGUGGUUUCUUCCAGUAAUGUUCUUGUUGUUUAGCAAAGCUGAAUGGUCAGUAUAUGUGAGCAAGAAGGAAAAGAUUGAAACCCAAGGAGUGCCUUUAUUCUUCUCACUAUGGCCUGCAAGUAUUUUUGUUUGUUUAUAUUUUUUAUUGUGUACAUUUUUAUACUCUCUUCAACAGCAUAACUAUUUGCUUUUCUAAUCUUGUUAAAUAUAUCUAUUUUUUACCAAAGGUAUUUAAUAUUCUUUUUUUUAUUACAGCCUAGAUAAACUACAUUUUAGUUUUGUAAGACUUUGCAGUCAGAGUUAUAGAAAGAGGGAAGGAAGAAUUGCUGUUUCUAUAAAGCAAGGAGAUCAAUGGUGCAUCUGCAUGUAAAAAGGUAAACAAGGGAGGUGAAAAUAUUAAUCUGAAUUUAGAAUUGUGUAUAACUAGCUCCAUGAUGCUGGUAUAAGAAGAGUGCACAUAAUAGCUGUUAAAUCCAUCUUCUUCAUAACGAGUGCUUCGAUCCAGAUAAGAAGGUCUGCGCGCGGAAGCAGGCUUCAGCACGCAUAAAUAAGUAACUAACUAUCAGUUAUUGGAUCAGGGACCACUGGUCUAAAUCUGAUAAACAUCAAGAUACACACCAGAGGGCAGAUAUUGUUUGCCCAAAUUCCAUUGUUUUCAGUGGGAUGCAUAUUUGUACAUUUGAAUGUGCAUUCCCAUCCACAUUCUGGUGCAAUUGCUAAUGCAUAACUAUCAUACAUAAUAUCAAUUACUUAUGCAAAAGUAACAUGAUGGUGCAGGAUGUCGAUGUCUUUCAAAACAAUCAUAAAUCCAGAAUGGAGAAGCCCAUUCUGUUUUACAGCCCAAGUUCUAACAGAUUUAUUCAGAAUAAAGUCCAAUUGGGUACAUUGGGACUUGCUUUCUAGUAAAUAUGUUUAGAAUGAAGUCUUAGUUUGUUGUUAAAUUAACAAGUGAAAGAUCUUGACAAGAGCAUCAGAACCACUGAUAUUUCAGUGUGUUUUUGCCUCUAGAAUACAUAAUGUGUUCAUGAAAAAAAGGCGCACAUAUUUAUUGCUACAGGUGUAAGGGUUUUUUAUAUUAUUAUUGAUGGUUAUUUCUACAUAAGGACAAUGGGCUUCCAGUAUUUUAAUGAUGUAUAGUACAGUUUCAUGAAAUGUGUUUUUUCUCAUGUACAGUCUAUAUGUAAACCAGUACAUUUAUCCCACCCUUUGCCAAUUGGGAAAAAGCAGUAAAAUAUUUUGCUUGUA